GAGGUACUGCAACACACACAUACUUUAACAUCCUCUUGCAAAGCUAGAGCUUCCAUCAAAAUCGUAACACUGAGUAAUGGUGUCUUCGGGUGCCUUCUUGUUUCCAGGCCUCUAUCGAUUUCUCUGCCUCUUCUUGGGUUUCUUCUGCAGCCUACCAUUACUAGGCAUCUGCGAUGAAUCAGAGAGCGACAGGCAAGCCCUCCUCUGCUUCAAGUCCGGGAUCUCGGCACCCGCCGGAGUCCUAUCUUCAUGGAGCAACGCGUCCAUGGAAUUCUGUGACUGGCACGGGAUCACUUGCAGCGUGACACCACCCAGGCGUGUCGUUGCACUGGACCUUGAAUCCCAAGGCAUCUCGGGCUCCAUAGCGCCUUGCAUCACCAACCUCACUUGGCUGGCAAGGCUCCAGCUGUCAAACAACAGCUUCAGUGAUGGCCUGCCGUCGGAGCUUGGCCUCCUGAGCCGGCUCACCAACCUCAACCUCAGCAUCAACGCUUUGGAAGGUAACAUCCCGCCUGAACUCUCUGCGUGUUCCCAGCUCCAAAUCGUGGGCUUGUGGAACAAUUCCCUCCAUGGAGAGAUCCCACCCACGCUCGGCCAAUGCAAGUGCCUUCAAGAGAUUAACCUUAGCAAUAACAAGCUCCAGGGAAGUGUCCCUCCUGCUUUUGGAGACCUUCCUGAGCUGCGCAUACUAGUCCUCGCCAGCAACACACUUACCGGCAACAUACCGCCGUCUUUGGGCAGCAGCCGCCAUCUCACAUAUGUUGAUCUUGGGAUCAAUGCUCUCGGAGGGGUCAUACCGGAGUCCUUGGCAAAUAGUUCAUCUCUUCAAGUACUUAGGCUCAUGAAGAAUAAUCUUACUGGAGAACUCCCAAAGGCUCUCCUCAACACUUUGUCACUUGUUACCAUUUGCCUCGAAAAGAACAGUUUUGUUGGUUCGAUACCUUCUGUCACUGUCACAUCUUCCCCUAUUAAGCACCUCUCUUUAAGGUUUAACAAUCUUUCAGGAGGAAUACCUUCCUCGCUAGGGAACCUUUCGUCCCUAGUUCAUCUUCUUCUUACAGACAAUCAUUUAGUUGGGAGCAUCCCAGAGAGCUUAGGUUAUGUUCCAACACUAGGGGUAUUGACCUUGACUAUGAACAACUUAUCUGGGCCGGUUCCACCGUCUAUCUUCAACAUGUCAUCCCUGAAAAGUCUCGCCAUAGCAAAAAACUCACUUGUCGGCAGAUUACCCUUUGAUGUCGGCUACACCCUCCCAAAAAUCCAGGACUUAAUACUCACAGAAAACAGUUUCGAUGGACCAAUCCCAGCCUCUCUUCUCAAAGCUUACCACCUACGCUGGCUUUACCUGAUUAAUAAUAGCUUCACUGGAUCCAUACCAUUUUUCGGCUCAUUGCCAAAUUUGGAGGAACUCGAUUUGGCACACAACAAGUUAGAAGCAGGUGAUUGGGGCUUUGUCUCUUCACUAUCUAAUUGCUCCAGGUUGACCAUGCUGGCCCUGGAUGGGAACAAUCUCAAAGGGAAACUGCCAAGUUCUAUUGGCAAUCUUUCAAAUAGUCUGGAGUGGUUGUUUCUAAGUAGCAACAAAAUUUCUGGACCUAUUCCACCGGAGAUUGGCAACCUUACGAGCCUCAAUAGCUUGUACAUGAAUUACAAUCUUCUUGCCGGUAAUAUACCACCAACAAUUGGGAAAUUGCACAACUUGGUAUAUCUAUCCUUUGCACAAAACAGGCUUUCAGGUCAGAUUCCAGAUACCAUUGGCAAUCUUGUCCAGCUGAGUGUACUUGAAUUGGAUCAUAACAGUGUCGAUGGAAGAAUACCAGCAAGCAUAGCACGAUGCACUCGACUCACCGAACUAAUCCUUGCUUACAACUCACUAGAUGGGCGUCUACCAAGUUAAAUCUUCAAAAUCUCUAUGCUUUUGGCUUCAGUGGUGCGGUGUCAAUUUAUCAUUCAACCAGUAUGAUUGAGCAGUUCCGACACAUGGUGUUUUUUACAUUACUGGUACGGUUUCAAUUGAAAGAAACUAUCAUCUGUGUACAAGCAUCCCAACAAGGGGUAUGCAUCUUUCUUCAGCACUGGUUGACAGGAAAACAAAGCAGAAGCUACUGGUUUCUUGUACUAGAGAUUCUAUCUCUCGCCAAUUGUUGUUGCCACUGCAAUCCUUUUCUCCUGUAUUGCAACAAUUUGUUGGAUGAAAAGAAUGCAAGCCAAUUCCUAUUUGCAGCAUCAUAAAUAAGUACAUAAAGAAGAUAGAGAAGAUUACGUCUGAGAAGACAUCUUAUGAAGACUUGGUAAGGGCAGUCUGCAGUUUCAAGAAGAUCAAGUUGCCAUCAAAAGACCCUGAAAAUGGUACAAAGAAUAUUCUGACUUUAAGCCAAAGGACUAACAUAGCCUUGGAUGUGGCAGUUGCUUUGGAUUACUUUCAGAAUCAGUGUGCACCUCCAGUUAUACAUUGCGACUUGAAGCCAAGCAAUAUUCCUCUGGGUCUUGACAUGGCUGCAUACGUCAUCGACUUUGGCCUAGCAAGAUUCUUGUUCAGCACAACAAAUGCACAUCAAGAUAGUUCAGCAAGUUUGAGCCACUUAAA